UGAGAGAACAAAACACUUCUUGAAGAUCAUGUUUGGUGUAAGGUGGCAAACUAAAUGCAGACACUCAGACGAGAGCUGAUGGUAGUAAGUUUAAUGAGGCAAGAGCACAGCUUAAAAAGUAAGACCACAGGGGACCAGAAGGUAUGUAAUCCAGCACUGACUGACAGCCAAUGAGGAGCUUACUCACUCAAAUACUGGUGAGUUGAUUAUUGGAUGGAGAACCGGUGGCUGAUUAGUAACGAGCUGCAGCUGAGAGAUGAGACCAAAGAGGCAGAGAGAGAGAGAAAAAGAGAGAAUGGCAAAAGGGAUGAGGGAGAACAGUGGAACUAGGAAAGUGAAACUGAAGCAAAUAACUAACACAAGAAACUAAAUAGGACAUCUAAAAUAAUACUGAACUGAACAAGGUUGAGCAAAUCCCAAAAAGGAGUAAACUGGAUCGGGAAGAUACUAAGUGAAAAACAAAUCCAAAACUCAAGUACUGAACGAACUGAAAGAAUAAACUAGGCUGGAGGGAAACAACAACACAAGCUGAAGUCUACAACCAGAUGGGAUAUGACAGGUACACACCAGAAAGACACGCCACACUUUUCAGAUUUUUAUUUGUACAAUCUUCACAUUUGUGCACUUUAUGUUGCUUUACUACAAAAUAAAAAUAAAAUCCCCAGAAAUGAAAUUCUGGACUGUACUGUGACAAAAUGAAAAGAAAAACUUAGCAAUGGGAAAGAAUGCUUUUGUGAAGCACUACACCAGCUGUUUUACACAUAUGUUGGAGCCACAUUUGUCCAUUUGGACAUCCAAGCACCAGACAAAGUCACAUGCUGGGCUAUUGAGGCAAACUUGAUCCCCUUCCAGUUCUUUGUCAGAAUCCCUGCUUCUUUGUGAAAUGCAAUCCAUCACAUAGGGUCCGUUGCCUGGGGGCUCUCAUCGUCUUUCCCAACCCAUAUGCCUACACAUACUGCCAGUGCCACAUCACUACUGCAAAGUGCAUUUGGCAUGCUUUAAUGCAGCAGAACUGACUUAUCAUCCUGUCCUUCCCUUCUUCUUCCACCAAAAGGCUAAACACCCCCACUUUUUAUUUAUUUAUUUUUUUGCCUGUUACUUUUUCCUGCUUCUCUCCUCCUAUUAUUCCUGCACUUUAGCGGCAGUUCCUGCUUCGGUGAACUGACCAUACAGUACAUGACUUGAUCUGACCUGAAAGCUACAGGCUACAGCUAUUAUUGCAAUAUUAGAGACCAAGAGUGAGGAGAUGGAGAUAGGCGGGGGGGACGACUACGAAACAGCAUGAGUCAGGCAAUCCCAAGUAUGGCGUAAUUUCAACAACAAUGCCGGAGCCGUCACCAGCCCCAUACCCUCAGGUUCUGAGAGGACGGAGAGAAAGUGGGGUUUUGUGUGGGUGGGAGAAAGUGAGGGAGAGGAGGUUAGUCCCAUCAGUCAAGAGGAGAAGGCGUGCAUUUAUGCGCUGCAUCGUUUGAUGUCCUCCCCGGUUUCUCUCCCCCCGAACCUCCAGAGUAGCUUUUCCAGAAGCCGGGGUGGGCAAAUCAAAGCGACUUAGAGGACUCUCGUUUUGCGGGAGGAGUCGAGGUCGACUUAGUGUCUGGAAACCUAACAGUGUGCGCCACACUGGUCAGCGAAGCCUCGCCGGUCACUUCGCUGUGGAUAAGUCACUCAGCGGGAGCCCCGCCGUUCUCCAAAGACGCGUCGCUCAUCUGCGUCCCGCACCGGCUCAUAAAGCUGCCCCACUGUCAUGAAUUAUUCAGUCAGUUAAUACAGGUGACUCCAGUGUCCCUCUUUUUUUUAUUUAAUUUUUUUUAUUCUCGUUACUGAAGUCUUUGAGGGUGGCAGCAAAAGACAGAAACUAGCAUUGUGCGCGCAGGAGGCGGGUAUCCGUGUCAAAGAUGCAGGUGGGUCGGUGCUGUGUGGCUUCCAGCGUUUGGUUUAUGUGGCUGGUCUUACUUUUCUCAACUCAAAACAUCGGGGCAACUGGAGUUGGAGGCACCCACCAAAGCAUUCCCCCGUCCGUGGUGAAGCUCUGGGCCUCUGCAUUUGGAGGGGAGAUGAAGUCCAUCUCUGCAAAGUACUCUGGCUCCCAGCUUCUGCAAAAGAAAUACAAGGAGUUUGAGCGGGCGGUGAGGGUGGAGGAGAUUGAUGGGCUACGACUGGUGAAGAGGCUGGCUAAGAACAUGGAAGAGAUGUUUCACAAGAAAGCCCAGGCUAUGAAGCGAUUGGUGGAGGCAGCAGAGGAAGCCCAUCUACAGCAUGAAGAGAAUCCAGACCUGCAGUAUGAAUACUUCAAUGCUGUGCUGAUCAAUGAGGAUGUAGAGCUGGGAGGAAAGUUUGUCCUGCAGCCCAACGAUCAUUUUAACAACCGAUCAGUCAACCUCAGCCUCAGUGUGGUACAGGUGCCAACCAAUAUGUACAAUAAAGAUUCUGCAAUUGUCAAUGGUGUGUACUGGUCGGAGGCCCUGAACAAGGUGUUUGUGGAUAACUUUGAGAGGGAUCCCUCACUUAUAUGGCAAUACUUUGGCAGUGCUAAGGGCUUUUUUAGACAAUAUCCUGGAAUCAAAUGGAAGCCAGAUGACCAUGGAGUUAUAGCUUUUGACUGUCGUAAUCGAAAGUGGUACAUCCAGGCAGCCACCUCUCCAAAGGAUGUGGUGAUCUUGGUGGAUGUCAGCGGCAGCAUGAAAGGCCUGAGACUUACCAUUGCCAGGCAGACGGUUUCCUCCAUUCUAGACACUCUUGGAGAUGAUGACUUUUUUAAUAUCAUUGCUUACAAUGAGGAACUGCAUUAUGUGGAGCCAUGUCUGAACGGAACUCUGGUUCAAGCUGAUGUCACCAACAAAGAUCAUUUCCGGGAGCACCUUGAUAAGCUGUUUGCUCAAGGCAUUGGUAUGUUGGACAUAGCUCUGACGGAGGCGUUCAAUCUUCUCAGUGAUUUUAAUAAGACUGGAAGAGGCAGUGAGUGUAGCCAGGCCAUUAUGCUGGUGACAGAUGGAGCAGUCGAUACAUACGAUGCCAUCUUUGAGAAGUAUAACUGGCCAGAGAGGAAGGUUCGAAUAUUCCCCUACCUGAUUGGUCGGGAGUCAGCCUUUGCAGAUAAUUUAAAAUGGAUGGCGUGUGCUAACAAAGGCUACUUCACUCAAAUUUCUACGCUGGCCGAUGUUCAAGAGAAUGUGAUGGAGUAUCUCCAUGUCCUGAGUCGUCCCAAAGUUAUUGACCAGGAGCAUGACACAGUGUGGACUGAGGCAUACAUCGACAGCACUCUCCCCCAAGCACAAAAGUCGGAUGAUGGUCAAGGUCCAGUCCUGAUGACAACAGUAGCAAUGCCAGUGUUCAGUACCAAGAAUGAGACUAGAAACAGAGGAAUCCUGCUUGGGGUGGUUGGGACAGAUGUGCCAGUUUCUGAGCUGCUCAAAACCAUUCCCAAAUAUAAGCUGGGUAUUCAUGGCUAUGCCUUUGCAAUCACCAACAAUGGCUACAUCCUCACUCACCCAGAUCUACGGCCACUUUAUGGUGAUGGCAAAAAGCGAAGGAAGCCGAACUACAGCAGUGUGGAUCUGUCUGAAGUGGAAUGGGAGGAUAAGGAUGACACGUUGAGAAAUGCCAUGGUCAACAGGAAGACGGGGACCUUCUCCAUGGAGGUGACGAAGAGUGUGGACAAAGGGAAACGUGUACUGGUUUUACACAAUGAUUACUACUACACAGAUAUUAAAGGCACUCCUUUCAGUCUAGGAGUUGCUCUUUCUAGAGGGCAUGGGAAAUAUUUCUUCAGAGGCAAUGUCACCGUGGAAGAAGGACUUCAUGACUUGGAGCAUCCUGAUGUUGCACUGGCUGACGAAUGGACAUACUGCAACACAGACGAGCACCCCAAGCAUCGCUACUUGUCUCAAAUAGAUGCAAUAAAAAUGUAUCUCAGUGGGCAGGAACCCCGCUUGCAUUGUGACAAGGAACUUAUCCAGGAAGUUCUCUUUGAUGCGGUUGUGACCGCUCCACUUGAAGCCUACUGGACCAGUCUUGUGCUCAAUAAGUCAGAAAACUCGGACAAAGGUGUGGAGAUUGCCUAUCUUGGCACAAGGACAGGGCUGUCCAGAAUUAAUCUAUUUGUGGUGCCUGACGAACUCACAAACCUAGACUUCCUGACAGCUGAAGACAAAGAAGGAGUGUUUAAUGCUGAUCACUUUCCUCUAUGGUACAAGAGAGCAGCAGAACAAGUUCCUGGCACCUUUAUUUAUUCUCUGCCUUUCAACUCAGGUUCAGAAAACAGGAGUGUUGUAUUGGCCAGUACUGCCAUUCAGCUUUUGGAUGAGAGGAAAUCCCCCAUAGCUGCUGCUGUUGGCAUCCAGAUGAAGUUGGAGUUUUUCCAGAGAAAAUUUUGGACAGCCAGCAGACAGUGUGCAGCAUUAGAUGGGAAAUGCUCCAUAAGCUGUGAUGAUGAGCAUAUUAACUGCUACCUCAUUGACAACAAUGGCUUCAUUCUUGUAGCAGAAGACUAUACACUGACUGGACAUUUUUUUGGUGAAGCAGAAGGAGCUGUAAUGAAUAAGUUGCUGCAGAUGGGCUCUUUUAAACGUGUCACACUGUAUGACUACCAGGCUCUUUGUUGGGUCCAUUCAGAAAGUAGCGACAGUGGGCACACACUCCUGGAUCCUUACUUCGCUUUCUUUGCAGCUGUAAAGUGGAUCCUGACUGAGCUUGUCAUAUUCCUGGUUGAAUUCAACUUAUACAGUUGGUGGAACUCUGAUCUCACAGCCAAAGCUCAAAGGGUAGGUCCGCAUAUGCAGGUGCCAUGUGACACAGAGUACCCUGCCUUCGUCUCAGAAAGAACAAUCAAGGAGAACAUGGGCAACAUCGACUGCGAUGGCUGCAUCAAGUCAUUUGUGAUUCAGCAGAUCCCCAGCAGUAACCUUUUUAUGGUUGUGGUGGACAACAAGUGUGACUGCAGCCAGUUUGGACCCAUCACCAUGGACCCCUUUGAAAUUAUGUAUAACGAAUCGCUCAAGUGUGAGAGACUGAAGAUGCAAAAAGACAGGAGGCGUCCAGAUACCUGUCACCCUUUUCAUCCAGAGGAGAAUUCAAUGGAGUGUGGAGGAGCUGGCAGUCUCACCACAUCGCUUAGUGCCACGCUGCUUUUAGCGCUCAUGGCAUUGCUCCUUAGGUGACCAAAGCUGCUUGACCUGGUUUGGCUUGGCUCAACGUUAUGAGGAAUCGCAAUGAAGCCACAGAAUACAACAUUUCUGUCCUGUAUGAAACUGUGCCCGAUUCAAACCCAUCACCAAUAUGAUCCCCAGCCCAGAAGUAUCACCCUUCAGGGUCAUGCAAUAAUUGAAAGGACUGUUCAAAGGAUAAUAACCUGCUUAGACAACUACAAUCAUUUGGAAAUAUCAUAUAAGCUACAUGGAAAGGUAGUGGGAGAAAAUUAGUACAAAACACAACAUUGAAUGUACUUUGUGACUCUAUGGCCCUUACUAAACCAGGAUUGGGGUUUUCUUCAUCUCCCCACCAGUUGUUUGAGAAACCAGGGGCAAGAACAAGUUCAGUGGUGAAAGUUCUACCUUUGAAAAAAAGCCCUGAAAGAUUUUUCAUUCAAAGUGUAGCUUUUGAUGAAGGGUGCUUAGCAUUUCUGGGUGGAUGAGAAUUUUCAUCAUUAAUGUUGCCUUUUUCUGUUUUAGUCGGUUUAAUGUGCAGCGCCAUCUGCACUUUUGACUUCCGAUAAUCGGACUGCACGAGGGAUAAAGGCUCAUGGUAGAAAAAGUUAAAACACACCAGUAGAAGCUUAAGAACAAAAAAUAAUCUAGGGCUAUACCCGCUGACAGAUGUACCAAAAUGUUCAGUCCUUUCAGGUUGUAGCGACGGACUGGGGUCUGUAGCUGGGUUUGGAAUUGGGCAUUACAGCCACAAAACACCCACAUGGACAGCGAUGGAUGCACUUUCCCCUGGCCUGUUCGGACUUUCCAUGGACUUUUUUUGAUUCUGAAGAUUAAAAAAAUAUAUAUUCUAAAGAUGUUACAUGUGGCUGGGAUUGUUAUAUGAUGUUUGUCUAAUUAUCUUUUUUCCACAAUGAAAAAAAAAUCUGUUACAAUAUCUACUGUAUAUGAAAAGGAAAAAAAAGUUUAUUUAUAGUUUGCAAGUGGUACCCAUAAACUGUGACUCAGAGAUUCUCUGAUGUGAGUGGUUGUAAUAAUUAAGCUUUGCCUUAUAAGAAGAUAUCGUUCCUGUUUGUGUACUUUUGAAAUAAAAUAUUGUUUAAAAUGUA